AUGGCCGCACCCCAGGUCUUGUCUCGCAAGGCAAACGGCGUACUACCCAUCCCAGCCAGCCAGACAGGGAACGAUGCGCCCAAGCCAGCUAAGAACAAAUCGUUGAUGGAGGGAGAAAAGGUUGUAAUUCGCCGCCUGCCCCCCGGAAUGACCGAAGAAGAAUGUCUGCAAAUCCUAGGCGGACAAUGGCAUGCCGGUGCUGGCAAGGUCGGCUGGUUCUCGUUCCAUGCGGGCAAGAUUUCGACCGACCCCUCGAAGCCGUCGAGACCCUCGCGAGCCUAUCUACAAGUCCUGAAGCGAGAUGAUCUGAUGGCGCUGUCGGAGGUUGUGAGGACAGCCACGUGGGAGGACGCCAAGGAAAGCUGGACGAACCCCGUUCUCAUCGGACCCCCAACUACAGAAUUCGCUAUGUACAAGAAGAUUCCUAACGGGAAGCGACGGAGUGAUGGGCGACAGGGCACGAUCGAUCAAGACCCUGAAUUUAUGGACUUCCUCGAGGCGCUCGCAAACCCAACCACGCAAAAGGAUGGCGAGAAUGAGCAGGCGGCAGAUGAGGAUGCGAAGUCAGGCUCCAGAACGACCACGACACCCCUGAUUGACUACCUGCGCGAGAAGAAGGCGAACAAGGCGAAGGAGGCGAGUGCUAAGGCCGCUAAGCAAGCCAGGCAGGAGGCACAGGGCAAGGGCAAGGGAUCGAACGGAGACGACUCAAAGAAAAAGUCCAAGUCGGAUAAGACUGCCGAGAAACCCAGGGAGACGGUGAAGAUAUUGACCAAGAAAGCGGCGACGGAAGCUGCCGCCGAAGCAGCCAAGGCAGCUGCGGCGCAGAUCACAGCUUCGAAAGAGGAUGCACCUAAGAGCCGUAGAGCCGGCAUUGCUGCUGCCGCUAGGAUCCUUCAACGUGAUCUCGGUCUGAGCCCUGGCAACGCCCACAGGAGGGCGCGACAGCAGGCCGCGCAAGCCGAGAGCGAGGCCAAGGCCAAUGCUACCAAAGAAGUGGCCCCGGAAUCGCCGGCAGCCCCCUCAGGAUCAUCAUCAUCCAAAGUUUCGAAGGAUAAGGAGCCCGCCUCCACAGGGACCAAAGCCCAGUCGCAAUCGCAGACUCAGCAGCCAGCCUCGCAAGGAUCCAGAGGCAAAAAGAAUGCCACCGCUUCAGACACUGGUAAGGGAAAGGGUCAGAGUGAGAAUGCGAAUCCGUCUGCGACCGCGGGCAAGCCAGUCGUCCUCCUGAAAAAGAAGGAGAAGGAAGACGCCUCGUCACCAGCACAAACUAGAGCCAGUCCCAGUCCUGCCAUCGCUACUGCUGCUCCCACUGGACCGAAAGCUGCCAGCGGAAAAGGCACUCAAGCACAGGGCUCGAGGAGAGGCGCCGCCGCCGCCGCCACGCCCACUGCAGGCGCCACCAGAGCUUUCGUAAAGCACGCAAACCCAUCGCAGGGUGUCACGGAGGCGCUGCUCAAGGAGGCACUCAAGGACUUUGGAGCAAUCACGUUUGUCGAGAUUGACCGACGCAAGGGCUUUGCCUACGUCGAUUUCGCCGAGCACGAAGGCCUCGCCAAGGCCAUGGCGGCCAGCCCCGUCUCUGUUGCCCAAGCCAAUGUCCAGAUCCUGGAGCGCAAGGAGACGAAGAAGAACGCUGGCUCCUCGGCGGCCGGCGCGAGCAGCGCAAAUGCCAACGCUGCUGCGGGAAGCUCGGCAGCCACCCCGGCCACGCCGACCACGCCGACCGCCGAACAGGCCGAGCAGUCGCAGACGCAGCCGCCGCAUAAGCGAGGUGGGAGGCGUCGUGGCGGUCGCAGCCGCGGCGACGGACAGAGCAAAGAGGGCAAGAACGCCGAGGGUUCGAAGGGCGCAUCCUCUGCUGCCCCUCCUCCAGCGACGUGA